GUGUUGCUUGUGUCGUUGCUCAAAAUUGCAGACAAAUUAUUGAUUUAUCGAUUUACGUCAUUUAGUUUACUAGCGUUUGUGCUUUUUUGACAAUGGCGCGUUGAUGAUGGAAACAUAAUCGGAAAUCAUUUACAAUUUUAAGGCGUCACCAUUACCUUUAAAUGUUAGGACUUUUAAAUGGUUCAUCAUGAUGCAGUAAACUUUAGUUAUUGGUGGAAAGGUAGUGAUACGAAGCGGCACGUUGAAGAGAAAAGCUUACAUCCAGUGGAUAAGUUUGCAUCACAAAAAUAUGGCAGCAGAAAACUAUCAUUUGAAAUGGGACUCUCAUUUGUCCUACUUGAACUCCUCUGUUGCCACACUUUACAAAAAUGAAAAGUUUGCCGAUGUAGUACUGUACAGUUCCAGCAGCAGCUGUGCCAGUGGGAAUAAUUCGGAGAAUGGUAUACCAACUGUGGGUAUUUCAGCGCACAAAUUUAUACUUAGCUCCUGCAGUCAGUUUUUCGCAACGAUGUUUGAAACAGCUCCGAUUUCUUCGCCGAAUGGUAUACUUUACGUAGUGCUUCCUCCGGAUCUAAGCCACCGCGCCAUACAAAUUUUAGUUCAGUACAUGUAUAGCGGCGAAGCCACAGUUGCCAACGAUAUACUUAGUGAAGUGUUGAGAGGCGGCGAGAUAUUGAAAAUUCGUGGUUUAUGCCGCACCUCUUCUACAUCAUCUAAUUCGCACAAUCCACAAACAAGAGCUGAACCACUAAUGGUUAAUGGCAGUGAUUCACACUACAUUCAAAACGCCGCCAAUCGCCAACCACCAUUAACAUCUAUUUCACAUGCACAUAUUCCUAGCGCUCAUACAAGUGAUAUGUAUGUCGUCAACAAAUGCCCAACAGGUGUGAACGGUAACUGUGGAACGCGCUACACCAUGGAACAUUUACAACAGCUGUCGUCGCAGCAGUCAUCGUCUGCACAGCACAUCCAGCAAUCACACGCGCAGCAAAUGCAUCCAACUCACAACCAGUUUCGUGGUUUAGGUGCUUCCGUCUUACCCAAGGAUAGUCCAGUUAUUGUGAAGUCACCGAAAUUAUCUCAACUUGGUCUACUUUCUGCCGCAACGUCAAGUAGUAAGCACCAUAUGUGCGGCGGUAUAUCAGUAAACAAAGAGGUUGCUAUAGAUCCUGACGAAAAGUGUUGCUAUCAAUUAAAUCAGUUGCAAGUGACGAACUCUUUGUGCAACGAAAUGGGCUGUUCAGGUGGCUGCACUAUGCCAAUCGAAGAUAAUCAAUUAAGACGCCGACAACGAAGUCAAAACGACGAAUCCAUUCGUACAACCGUGGGUGAGCAGCGAUUAGAGAGGGAGUACUCUGAUCGAUCUCGUCGGCCACCCGAUGAACAAGAGCAACGUGAGGAUAUUGAUAUGGCCAGUUAUGAUAGGCAUGUGCAUCGCGGCAGUGGGGUCAGCGCUAGCGAUCGAAUUCGUGAUUACUUCCUAUCGGAUUCUUACGAACACACAAACUCAACGCCCGCGAAAAGUAAUAAUCACUUCUCAGAGCAAGUCGGCGGUAGACUGGCAAACACAUCACCUUUGUCCCAUCCACAAAAUUUUAUCGCAAUAAAGCAAGAACCAGCCGACUGGACCACACCCACUUCCGGCACAGACAAUGCGCUCCCAGAUUUAUCCAGACGAUCUAAGACCGCGUUGAAUUCCCCCAAACAACCCUUGGAUUUUAAAAUGCCGCCUGGUGGUCCCAGUGUUAAGCUUGAGGUAAGCGCCCAACCACACAGUCCCCAAAGCGAACAGGAAACAGCCGCGCAAGAUUCAAGUGACUACGAUACCCGGCUAGCGUGCGAAACGUGUAAACAGUCAUUUGAUGAGCCUAAAUCGUGGGUACGCCAUUUGGAGUCACAUGCUGUCAAUACAACAACAACAGAUUCGGAAUCUAUGAAUAUGGCAUCCGGUAUAACGAGCAGCAGUGGCGGAAAUACUGCCACCGCUAUGACCAAUGGAGGGGAUGCGCUAGUUAAGGCGUACGUGCCCAAGAAACGCAGGAGGGUGUCGCAGCAGGAGAAUAGCACAGGCCAUGUUACACUUUGCUGUGACUUAUGCUCAAUAUCCUUUGAGACUCCGGCAGACUGGGUGCGGCACUUAAAUAACGAACACACCGAAAUAGAGCUGGCCAUGUUCAACAGCAAAAAAGAUAAUAAACAAAAAAGCUCCAACAACAGUAACCAACAAAAUAUUCAGCAGGUGCAUCUAAAACGAUUUACCCAUCGUUCAACAUAUGACCAACCCGCCAACGAAACACAGCCAACUGCAGUGACCUCUGCGGCACCAUCAACGUCAAGUUUUUCGGAGCGCUCCGAAGCUUGUGGCAAAAAGUUUUCCACGCACAGUACUGUUUCGGCGCACAAACGCAGCCAUAACGCACUCAAUGGAAUCAGCGUCAGUGUAAGCACAAGUGUAGCAGCAUCGUCGCUGCCAUCAGGCACCGAUGUUAGCGUAAUUAGUAGUAUGGCUAGCAGCUUACCGAAUGAACAAAUAAGCACAUCGUCUGAGGCUUGAUGUAGUCGUCGAUUUAGAACAGAUGCACAAAACGCUUGAACAAGGCAACGCAUUGCCAGAGAUUGCAAGUGGAGUGAGAUCGUUACAUAAGUCGUUCCAAAUCUAACUAAUGAUAAAAUCAUACCAACCACACUAUUUUAAUCAAAAUUUUUACAAUGAAAAACAAAUCAAGAAAACAGUUAGUACGUUUUAAAUAAAAACUUUCAAGUAAUGUUUCAACGAAGAGAUAGUCAUGUAUAUUUGUGAGUUUGAUUGAUGAAGCACGUAAGAACUUCCGAAGAUAAAUAUAGUCAUGAACGUAUAUUCUUUCCAGUAAACGAAACCACUUGAGAUUAAGCUCAAUUUGCUAAACACCAAAUGUAACAAUGACUACUUGCAUACAAACUAAAUAAAAUAUUUUUGUGAAUUAUACCUACUUACAAAGGCUCAUAUGGAUUUACAUACAUACACACACAUUGUAAACGAAAAAGUUUUAAACUUUAAGAUAAUAUGAACACCAUUGAAUCUUUUAUUCAAAGUACGAAACAUUUGUUACUCAUAAACUUGAAACAAAUUAUCUGAUUCGGUGGAUAACUUUAUUCAAUACCUACUAUAGAUAGUUGUGUCCAUACAUAUUUAGGCAUGCCCCAGUACAUGCAUGUAUGUAUGAACAUCUCAGUUGGUAUGCAAAAUGCAACUUUUUUCGAUUUUCUCUCUCUCUAUGUGUAGUUGAUAAAAAUAAUUGAAAAAACAUUCCAAACCACAAAUGAUAUUUACAUUUAUCGUGAUUUUACGUAUUUGAUGAAAUGAAAACAGAAAAAUUGGAAAUAUAUUAUAUUGUAUUUAGCUAUUUAAGCAAUUUAUGCGGCAAAGCAGUUUUAAAUAAAGUAUUUUUCUCUAAUGUCAUAACGUAUUUUUU